AUGGCCGACGAGAAGAGCCGCACCUCCGGCGAGAUUCCUCGGCCAGAGCAGAAGGGCCCGAUCUUGCCCACUACGAACCCCGAGGCCGAGAAGCCUCAGCCGCCCAAGCCCACAAUCCAUCCGGCUUUCUAUGUUGCGACAUGGAUUGGUCUGUCGUCGUCGGUCAUCCUCUUCAACAAGUGGAUCCUCGACACGCUCGAGUUCCGUUAUCCCGUUAUCCUCACCACCUACCACCUGACGUUUGCGACGGUGGCCACCCAGCUGAUGGCCCGCUACACCUCCCUCCUUGACGGUCGGAAAACCGUCAAGAUGACCGGUCGCGUCUACCUGCGUGCCAUCGUCCCUAUCGGUGUCUUCUUCAGCUUGAGUUUAAUCUGCGGCAACUUGACCUACCUCUACCUCAGCGUCGCCUUCAUCCAGAUGAUCAAGGCUACCACUCCGGUCGCUGUACUCCUUUCGAGCUGGGCCAUGGGCCUCGCGCCCCCGAACCUCAGGCAGCUCCUCAACGUGUCUGCUAUUGUCGUCGGUGUUAUGAUCGCCUCGUUUGGCGAGAUCAAGUUCGUCUGGAUCGGGUUCCUAUACCAGCUUGGCGGUCUCAUGUUCGAGGCCAUCCGCCUCAACUUGGUCCAGGCGCUGCUAAGCUCUGCCGAGUACAAGAUGGACCCCCUCGUUUCCCUGUUCUACUUCGCCCCGAUCUGCGCCGCCAUGAACGGUGUUGUGGCACUCGUGUGGGAGUUUCCCAGGGUUUCCCUGGCCGAGUUUAACAACGUCGGUAUCUUCACCUUCUUCCUCAAUGGCCUUUGCGCCUUCCUCCUCAACGUCUCCGUCGUUUUCCUGAUUGGGAAGACGUCUGCCGUCAUCAUGACUCUCUGCGGCGUCCUCAAGGAUGUUAUGCUCGUCCUCGCGUCCAUGGCCAUCUGGGGCACUCCUGUAUCUGGCCUCCAGGCCUUUGGUUACUCCAUUGCCCUCGCCGGCAUGGUUUACUACAAGCUCGGAUUCGACGCCCUCAAGGGAUACGCCAGCGAGGCUGGGCGACAGUGGGCCGAGUUCGGGGUUGCCCGCCCUGCCCUCCGCAAAGUUAUCGUGGUCGGAUCCGUGGUGCUGUUCGUAUUCAUCCUGUUUGGGGGCUUGGCUCCUACAUACGCCCCCGACUAUGAUCCGUCCCAGUACAUCGCUGGCGCCGCGGAGAAGUUCGGUGUAUCCUCAUGA